UUAUUUUUCAACCUUGAAGAAUUGUAAUAAAAAAAUAAUGUCAUACUAAAUUUCAAUUUUUUUUAAGGAAACCUUUUUUUAAAAAAUUAUUAAAAUUUCAAAAAAAAUCUGUUAAUAAUGGAAAAGUGGCAAAAUAAAGUUGUCUUAGUGACAGGAGCUUCUAAAGGAUUGGGGAAAUGUAUCGCUCAAAUUUUGGCUAAUUACGGAAUGAUAGUUGUUGCCUGCGCAAGAAGCAUGGAUAAAUUACAAGAGUUGGUUAAGAAUUGUAAAGGCAAACCUGGCGAGGCUGGUUCUAUAGACGCGGUAAGGUGUGAUAUGUCCAAGGUGGAAGACAUUCUCAGACUGUUUAAGCACAUAGAACAAAAGUACAGAACACUGCACGCAUGUGUCAAUAAUGCCGGAUUAGGUACCCCCGACUAUUUCCUGCCUAUUCAAAGCAACGGGAAAUACGAUCGAGAACUGGAAGAUAAGGACAAGGGCAAGAUUUACGAAGACUGGAAAUAUCUCUUAGAGGUUAACGUUUUGGGUCUAGCCAUUUGUUCUAAAGAGUCAAUAAAUUUGAUGGCUAAAUCAGGUGUAAAAGAUGGACUGAUAGUUAACGUUAGUAGCAUUGUAGGACAGCAGGUCAUUUUGAUGAAAUUCGACGACAAGUCAAGCUUUUACAGUCAUAUGUAUAUUGCGUCUAAACACGCUGUCACAGCUAUCACUCAAUGCUUGAGACUAGAAGUACAGCAACAUCCCUACGCCAACGCUACAAGAAUAGUGACUCUCUACCCCGGUGUUAUUAAAACCGAUUUCAUUGAUAAUGACGAUAGAGGCAAAAGUUUCUACGAGAAAUAUAGUUUUUUAACUCCGGAGGAUGUAUGCGACGCUAUGUUGGCCGCGUUCAGGUGCAGUAAUUCGGUACAAAUAGACGGUAUAACGAUAAACCCCGCCUGCACCCCUGGAAAAUUAUCUUAAAAUAUGUAGUGUUGUGCAGAUUUGAUUGAAAAUAUUUCCAUAUUUUAAUUUAAUUUGCAAAUAAAAUUACUUAAAAAGUACAGUUACUCUUUUAUAUUUAUAUAAAAUCCAGUUUACAAAAAUUAUAUAUCGUUUCCAGAAUAAAUCUUUUAUAAAUAAAUGACAA